AUGACCUUGUUUGAUCCAAAUAAAAGGACAAGAGGGAGGGAAAAAGGUAAAGGUGUUGGGCUUAAAAGGCAGUGGACUAAGCAGGAGGAUGCAAUAUUAAUUAAAUGUGUCCUUAUUUUGAAGGAGAGCCUACAUUGGAAGGCAGACAAUAGGACUUUCAAAGUUGGAUAUCUAGUACAACUGGAGAAGAUGAUGAAGGAAAGACUUUCAUCUAGUGGAUUGAAAGCUACACCUCACAUUGAAUCUAGAGUUAAAUUAUUGAAAAGACAAUACAAUGCCAUAAAUGAGAUGAUUGAGAAUGGAAGUGGCUUUGGAUGGAAUGAUGAAGAGAAAUGUGUUACCGCUCCAAAAGAUAGUCAUCCUAAUGCAAAGAGUUUAAGGCACAAACCUUUCCCACACUAUGACUCAUUAGUCAUAGUGUUUGGAAAAGAUAGGGCCACUGGUGCAAAGGCUGAAACAACAACUGAUGCUGUGGAGGAAUUUGAUAUUGAGAAUUUGGAUAACAAUGAGGAUACAAUAGAAGUUGAUACUAUAAUGAUCAAGACAAAGAAGAUGUAG